AUGGACUUGUAUUUUCUGGUUGGAUCAAUCAAAAACGCAGAGUUAAAUUUUUCUAUUGUCGAGUUUUGCAAUGAUCUAACAAUAACCUGUGGAACCUAUCGUGAUUUCUCAUUUUUACUCAAUUCAACCACAACUUGGUACCUUGCAGAUGGUAUCACAUCCCCAAAAUUAGUGCACGCAAUAACGGUUGUCUCCUUAUCACCAAAUGGAAUUGCAACAAAAGACUUUCAAGAAUAUGAGAAGCGUCAUCCAAUUGAAUAUUAUAUGGGUCCGUGGAAAUUAGAAGAAAUCUUAUCUUGUCAGCAACGUGUUUUUCCACUGGUACCAAAAGAUAUAGUAAUUAAUCUUUACUACAAAGCAGGUGGAAUACCUAGAUACGUUCUCCAGAAUGUUGAGCAAUCGAAUUAUCCACAGAUGGCCAGAAGAUACACAUUGCGAAUAUCACUACAGAUGGAUGUGUUAGAGAAAAUUCAGGAAAAACUAGAGGAGACGUCAUGGGUCGAUUGCUUACAUAAAUACGAUAUAUGCGGGAUCCUUAUUUGGCAAGUGCUAGAGGAUUUUUGUUUGAGUGUUAUGUUAUACACCUAUUUCCCAAAAGUUGGGCAUAUAAACAUUGUAUCUGACCUCUUAAAGUAUCCUGAAGAAAAUACAGUAAUCGUGCCAGAUAAGCAAAAUUUCGGUGCAGCGGACCUAUUUGUAACGCCUCGUAGUAUCUUACAAGUCACGCUCCAACUUUACUUUGCAGUAUCAGAUGAAAUAUACGACAAAUUCAAACACCAGCAAUACACGACUCGAGAUAAAGAUUCUCAAAAAGACCUCCCAGUCAAGACAAAGAAUUCUACCCUUCGUAAUGUUGAGCAAUGGGCCCUAAAAGUCCAAAUUAAUCCUAUUCUAGAAGACAGAGAAUAA